AUGCCUGUGCAACUCUGGCUGCGGUAUGAGCAACAGCAACAGCAGCGAGAUCCGCGAACCUACCAGGAGCAACAGCAGCAGAGACGAGGGAAUCUGCAGCGACAGCAGCAGCAACAGCAACUGCAGGGGUCUCUUUCGGUUGCUCUGGCUGCUGCAUUCCAGCUGCAGCAAGUCUACAACGUGGAGCCUCAGACUGCCAGACAAAAUGAGUGCCCUCCUGACGUAGCCACAGGUUAUCGGCGCUUUUCGUGCCGAGGCUGCUUCUUGGCGCCUUCCGAGCCAGCGGCUGCCCAGCUGGACAGCUGGCUAGCUAGCCAUCCCGUGGCGAGUCAGCUAGCCAGUGAGGGGGGGAGAGCGAGCUUCUUGGUGGAGACUGCCUGUUGGUUGCGUUUACGCAGGGCGUCUACUGGAGCGGCCUCUGGCGUCUCGCGAGGAGCUCCUCGAGUUUCUGAAGGAAGCGGUCGGAGGCAGGAGGCAGUUGUGCCGCUCUCGCUGUGUGCUUCGCAGGAACCCGAUUUUCCACGAGCUCCCGACGAUAGCGCUCUCCUGAUGGCUGAUGCCUGGCUUGUCGCUGUCUCUGCGAAAAGGCGACGAGACACAGACGCAAUGAUGGAGCAGCUGCGGAGUCUGCAGCAGGGGCACCAAAACAGUUGCGGCUCUAACAGCGCCUCCGCGUCGUCGCCUGCUGCGUUUUCCUUACAGCAGCAACUAGGGCACCUGCUGCAGCGCGUCUCCAAGGCUCCAGUGCUGGUCAAGCUGAAAGAAGCGGCAGCAACGGCUGCCACUACUGACCCCAGAGCCGCACGGGAGAUGAAGUUGGUGCUAGCAAAAAAGCAGCAACAGCUGCUGCAACAACGGCUGCAGCUCCUUCUGGACAGUCUAGAGGCACCCGUAUGGGCUUCCUUCAAGGGGGAGGCACCCCCUGCCGUUCAUGACGGCGCUAGCAGAAACACACUGGAGGGAGGCGCUGCAGCUUCGGAGUAA